GCCAUGGUACGAGCAAAUAAGUAAUUCAAGUAGGAGAUACUGCGCUCGUGGUGUUUUAUUAUAUCGCCUCUUUGGAACAACACAGCUUUUUGGGUGGCGUUUCGUGUGGUUGCAUCGUUUUUACCUGUAAAAUGAGUUUUGUUUAGGUAAAACCAUAGUAUUUAAUUUCUUAUUGUCUUAGUAAGCCUCUGAAAAAGGAUGAAGAGUUUUAACGUUACAAAUCAGAACUACUAAUAUGCUUAGUGACAGUAUGCUACACAUGUGCGGGGUAAGAAACGACUGUAUGAGUAAGUUAAGAUCCCAGCAGCUGCGGAAGUUGUAAGGACAGGACCUUCCUUCAGGUGUCUGAGGAUCCACAGGCAGGAUGAUCUACAUCAUAAUGGGAGUCUCAGGCUGUGGAAAAAGCACGUUAGGGGCCUUCCUAUCAGAAAAGCUGGGCUGGCCCCUGCAUGAAGGGGAUAACUUCCACCCAAAGGAGAACAUUGAGAAAAUGGCUCGUGGUGAACCACUCACAGACCAGGACAGAUUGCCUUGGCUUCUCAAACUACAUGAAGUCAUUGAGAGAGUAAGGUGUUCAGGCUGUGAUGCUCUCGUGGUGUGCUCCGCCCUGAAGCGCCUGUACAGACAGAUCCUGCUCUAUGGCUCCAAAGCCAUCGCACCCUCUUCCCUUCCAGACCAAGAAUUCCUGCCUCCCACCAGCCCUGAUGUCUUUUUUCUCUUUCUGCAUGGCAACUACGAUCUCAUUCACCAGAGGAUGGUGGCCCGGAGGGGACAUUACAUGAAAGAAGACCUGCUGCGUUCCCAGUUUGAUGUUUUAGAGCCUCCGUCGGAUGAGGAGAAUGUGUUGCCACUGGACAUCAGGAGGAGCAUCCCUGAUAUGGCCACGGAGGUCGAGAAGCACAUCACCAGCCUCAAGUCAUCACCAAUGCCUUAACCACCGCAGCAGGUCAAAAGAGAUCUUCAUCAUCAUCUUCAUGUUCUCAAGUGUGUUCAGUUUUUAGCCAUGCUAAUAGCGUGGCUCUGGGGAUAGUCCACCACUGCUCAACAACUAUAAGGAUUGCUGGAAGAUGGUCCCUACGUGAAUUCUCUUGACUUCUGUGAUCCUCUUCCUCUAGCACCACCAGCCAGACAAAGUUUUCACUUAUUCAGUGUGAUGUUCUUUGGUGACUUUUCACCUUCAGUACAUAAUGAAGAAGAUAAUCUGUAUGAUCUUGUGGUGCAUUUGUGAUUCUAAAAAAAACUGCUGCUGUUUAGCUGAAAACAUUUCAGAGCCCAAGAGCCAUUUCAAUAUAAGCUGUGAGUGUUGGAUAGUGCAAAGGUUUGAAUUGUGACCAAAAAGUUGUUUUUUUGUGAAAUAAAAUUUAGGUUAGACAUUUUAUAUCUGAA